AUGAGUCAAAAAACACCCAGAAAUAAGGAAAAGCGAUCGCGAUCAGCUUCUAACGAAACUAACAAUUCAUUUGUCAAGAAUGUGACAUCCAGAGUAUCAGGCUUACUGCCCAGUACCAUCACAAAGUGGUUCAGUAGCCCCCGUUCUUCAAAUGCAAAUGGUUCGACGCCAGUUGCUGACGCUUCUGAUUCUUCAGACGAUGAAGUAGUGGACAUCCCGGAAGUAACUCAACAGCCACCUGCCAAACGCAUGCGGUUUAACCCUCCCGGAACUUACAAUCACUACAGCCCUGCUGAUGCAAGCUGUUCCAGAAAUGAUAUGGAAAUAAUAGAACUUCCAUACAGUCCCUUCACGGCUACUCAGUGUACUCAACCUACCCGUAACACAUACAGUACAGCACUGCGGCCACCAAAUGAAGACCAUCAGGAUACAAUGGAAAGAGACAUGUCACGAGUAUACAAGGUCUCUCACUCAAUUUCCAGUACUGGCCAAUCAGUUGCCCCUAAAAGAAAAUCUAUUUUCGAAACAACAACUCAGGAGGAAGUAAUGAAAAUAACUGCAAAAGCAUCAAAUACAUUUCGUGAUCCAAAGCAGCCCAGCUUUAAACCUAGUCUGCUUGGUUCUCCAUUUUAUUCUGGGAGAACAAUGUAUGGAGGAGCAGCAUCUUCGUACAUUAACCAACCGAACAUAAAACAAGAGACUGUGGCAGUAGUAAAUGAGUCUCCAAUCAAUGAUGACACCGCCAUCAGCACGUCUGCGCGACGUAUUCUGGACUUAUUAGAAGGUUAUUCCUCUCCACUGAUGGAAGCCCGCAGGAUCCCUCUGUACACCAAACCCAAAAAUGAUGGAUUUAACCUCAGCAACACUUCCUCUUCAUCCACAAAUAAUCAUUUAGCAUAUCGGACUCGAGAGCUCCAUGUACCAAGCAUUGCAUCUAUACUGUGCCUGAAGAAAAAGUCUCGUCUCAUGGACACGACGAAUAUUGCUCGACAAUUAAUGGCUUCUCAAAGCAGUACUUCUAAUGAAUUUCCAGCUUAUCCUAGGCAGGAAACGAAAGGGAGUGAGGGCGAGAAGGAACCGCCUCAUAAAUUUUCUACCAAAAUGAAAUCAAGAAUAACUAGAACUAACCGAGGGCAGCAAGACGAGAUCGACAUGUCUACUCCCGUGAAACUGCCCACAGCCACAUUACAAUUAGACAAAGAUAAACUGCCCCAAUUUACAUUCGACGCACCGUCGCUCACUACAUCUACACCUAAAAUUGUUUUCCCCACAGCUGAUAAAAAAGCUACCCACAUUCCCACAAGUAAGCACGAAACUGUAAUUAGUAGUGUCUACACAUUUUCCAAUCCUGUUAAAGUAUCAAGUAACGACAUACAAGUGGAAUCUUCAUCUUUAAAAUUCAAAUUCGACUCUCCUGAGCGACGUAUUGAUCAGAAAUUUGAAAACAAACAUGACGAAUCUUCUGUUGUUGUAGGUGUGAUAAAAGCAAACGAAUCUGUCUUAACCAAACCAAAAGACUGGCAGUGUUCAGACUGCUGGGUUAAAAACAAGCCGGACGCCAUCAAAUGUGUUUGUUGUGGAGCUAAACAGCCAAAAAAGAAUUCUAAGUGCUUGGUUUGUAAACUUGCCGAUAGUCAGUCACAAAAAGACAAAUGCGCUAAUUGUGAGAAGAUGUCUACCUCACAAGUCGGAAAGUCACCCGGUAACCCUCAACUAAUCGGGACCAGUUCGUCGACGACAUCGAAAUCUCUGUUCAGUAAAGCCAGCGAUGCCAACUCCCCUUCCGGAACGAAGUUUACUCUACCCACCUUCACUGCAGUUACUGAGACACCAAUCAAUGUCUUUUCAAAGCCUGAAACAGUAGCAGUAAAAAACACUGCUAAAGUGGAUGCUGAUUGGAAAUGUGACGAUUGUUGGAUUACGAACAAAAGUAGCGUCGACAAAUGCGCAGCUUGCGGCGGAGCCCGACCCGGAGCCAAACAGGCGGCUAGUAUUACAGACGCUUUGAGUAAUAAAACUACAACAUUCGGAACUAGUGACAAAUUUAAAGCCAUUGCUAAGGCCCAACAUUCAGACAAAUGGGAAUGUUCCAGCUGUUUAGUCCAUAACGAAAGUGACAAAAAGGAAUGUGUAUGCUGUGGUGCGGUAAAAGAAGGUAUAAAGAAAAUGCCUGAAUCAACGUUUAAUUUUGGAACAACUACGAAUAAUACGUUUAAAUUCGGCAUUGAUCCCAAAGUCCAAAGCUCUACCAUUGCUGACAAACCUGAAGUUCCAUCAAUAUUAGACACGAAAUUAAAACCACAGUCAGAAACAAAUAAUAAUGUUGUGGCUGAAACUCCAACAUUUACAUUUACACUGCCCACUAAAAAAUUAGAAAAUAAAAUUGACACUCCAAAGGAAAAGACAGAUGAGGCUCCAAAAAUGAAUUUCACAUUUGGUAUUCCGAAAACGAUACCAACAAGUUCAGCGGUUGCAGCGAAAUUGCCAGAGACCAACAAAAUUUCCGAGGAAGAGAAACUUCAAGAAGUUCCAUCAGUUGACUUGAACGCACCCAUGCAGAGUAAACCACAGAUGCCUGUACUGACUCAGGUAAAUAACGAAAAUAAGUCGUUACUACCUACUACGAGCUUAUUUAAUCCAUUAGCUAACGACACAAAGAAGGAAACAUCACUUAAAUCUGCUGUUGCAUUGCCAGAAGCGGCUGAUACUCAGAAACCAAAACCAGCAUUUUCGUUUGGUUUGUCGUCCAAUACAAAACUAUUUGAACCUCCGGCAACUACGGGUACAUCGAUGAAUUUGUUCAUGCAGCCGUCGCAAAGUACGACGCUACCAACAACUAGUGCACCCACAUUGUCAAUGUUUAAACCGGCUGAACCCAGCGCAACUGCGACAUCGUCAUCAUUAUUUCAACAGCCUGAUUUAAACAAACCUGCUGCAUCUCUAUUUCAAAGCAAAGAGGCUACUAAUAUUGCUACACCAGCACUAACGCAGGCAUUAGCACCGACACCGGCACUGGCUCCGGCUUCGACUCCGUCACCGGCUCCAUCACCGGCACCGGUACAAGCACCAGCAGCGGCACCGGCACCCGCACAGGCACCGACAUCGGUACUGACAGCAGCGCUGGCACCAGCGCCAGCACUGACGCCAGCAGCAGCGCCGACACCAGCAGCAGCGCCAGCAGCAGCGCCGGCACCAGCGCCACUUUUCAGUUUUGGCAGUAAUGCAGCUAGUAAUUCUUCGGCUUCAGCAUCACUCACGUUACCUACUGCUACAGAAAAACCUAAAUUUCAAUUUACAUUUGGUAAUAACGCAACGCCUGCAAGUAACCCACCUCCAGCGUUUAAGUCACCGUUCGGAGCGGCUGAAAGUACCGUUAAUACGAAUACUUUUAAUUUGUCUGCUGGAUCUUCGUUGGGUUCUACCAAUAACCUUGCUACUAAUAGCUUUGGAGGCAGCAACGGUUUGAAUGCCCCUAAUGGUCUUACGGGAAAUCCUAUGAUGGGAAAUACACUUUCUGCUAUGCCUGGAAAUUCUCUUCAAACGAAUAGUUUAGCAAUGGGCACCGCCAAUACAUUAGGUGGUAGCAGCAAUGGCUUAUCUACAAAUCAACAACCAGCUAGUAUGCAGGCGGGAAACUCUUUAACCGGAGGUGCAACGGUCUUAUUCAAUAACACCGCGCCGAAAGAAAACAUGUGGGCGGCGGGUAACAAUACCUCGACCCCGAACCUGUUUGUGUCCAACGCAUCGACCAGUAGCUUACAGAAGCCGGCGGCAUUCACGUUCGGUUCAUCAACACCGUUCAAUGCUGGUAAUAACGCAUCGCCGGCUUUCGGUGCUGCCGCGGCACCUCCGCAAAAUAUUUUCGGUAUGAACAACCAGAGUAACAACGCGCAGCCAAAUCUCUUCUCGAAUUCUGUUCAAAGCCCGCCAUCAGGAAACAUGUUCGGCUCGCCACAGCCCGCCAGUAAUCCCACACCACAGAUUCCCAUGUUCGGUUCACCAAGCAUGGGUGCAACUCCAACCUUUGGCUCGCCCAAUCCAUCUAUUCCUUCAUUCGAGGCCCCGUCGCUGAACCCAGCACCAGCACCUGCAUUCACCUUUGGUUCUUCACAAGCGCCUACGACAGGAAUUUUCGGAUUUGGACAACAGCAGUCGCAUAUGCAGCUGCCGUCGAUGCAACAGCAGCACAUGCCGCAGCAGUCGGGCGUGUACAGCUUCGGUGGGGCUCCCGCCGGCGCGCCACAAGUUCAGUUCAACAUUGGUGCCAAUGGAACCAACACCGCCGUCAGACGCGUUCGUAAAGCUGUUCGUCGGAAUCCACAACGAUGA